CAGGCGUUCUAGCGUAGAUACGGCAUACCGGCAGCACAUAUAUCGCAGAUUACGAAGAGCUGUCGAGAAGAAUGCCACGUCUGUUAUCAUAUUAGCGGCUAGCCUCGUGACCCGCCUCCUAAAUUUGGCCGCACAACAAAGGUUCGCACGCAUUAGUGCACUAUGCGAGGUUCACUAUAUCGCGUUCCGCACGGACGUGUCAAGGGUCGGCAAAUAUAAAAAGGCACAAUUUCAAGCAGCUGCAAUACCUUUACUAAAGAAGAAGGUACGCUCAGCGAGAGGAAACGCUGGAUUUCCAUAUGGCGAGGACUUCGGCAGUUCUCCCGUUAUCCUUGCUUUCAUUGAAGUGUGAGAACGUUGAAGCCGAGAUAGUUAUAUUUUCCUGCACGCGGGGCCAGACACGCUUCUGUCACCUACAGCGACACCUGAGAGCCUUCAACAAGGUACUGUGGAACGUGGGCCUCCAGCUCACAGAAGAUGCACGGAGCCAGCUCGGGGACGUCAGCGUCGCGACGGUGUCGGGCGUUUGCAAGGUGUUCCCGUAUUGCACAACAUGCGAAACCAACCAGGAAGCAGCCGUCGCCCUCUUGCGCUGCCUGUUCAGAGCGCACCGAUGCAUCGUCUCGGCAGAGUUGAACUACGCCGUGGCGAACGCCGGCAUGCUCGCCGAAGCCAUGCAGUCUUCGUCGAGUUUGGAAAGCCUCACCGUGUUCGGUAUGGCGCGCGAUCAGCCAGAAUUAUUCCCCGAGUUCGCCGCCCAAGCCCGCUCCCUGGAAUGCAGGGCCGUAUUCCAGUUUCCGCAAGGCCACGUGCACUACUCGGACAGCAUGAAGAUUCCCGGCUGCUUACUGGAACAACGCGAUGCCCGACUCACGUCGCUAGACGUAGCGGAGCUGCACAUGAGCCCGUUCACGUCAAAGAAGCUCGUCGAAGCUCUCAUUACGAACCACACCAUCACGAACGUCGCCGUCGGAGAGUGCGUCUUCGCUUCCGGUCCGUUGUACGGGUCGUCGCCGUCGUUCGAAGAUUAUCUGUUGAAACAAAACGCAACGCUCAGGAAGCUCACUCUGAUAGGGCCGGAAUUCGAUAACGAAUUCGACUGGUUGCCGGCGCUGGCCGAAGCCAUUUCGGCGAUGACGACGCUGCAAGAACUAGACGUCCAGUGGCGUAGCACGAGCCGUUACUGCAAGCAGUUCGCCACGGUCGUCUUGCGCAACCGCUCACUCCGAUGUUUGACGCUGGGGCUUGACACGGUGGACAACAUAAUGGACGAGCAGCAGCGGGACGAAGACGCAGAGGCCGCCGACGAUCGAUCCUGGACCUCGUCGGUGAAGGAAAACGACUCGCUGCAGAAGUUGGACGUCGACGUCUUGUGGUCCACCACCGAAAACUGCUGUCUCUUACUUGAAGCCCUCGCGAACAAGCAGUGCCUUCAAAGCGUCACGCUGCGUAAUCUUCCGGACGUUGACAGGCUGGAAGAAGUCUGCAGUGCGAUAAGGAAGAGCGGACUGGUCCACAAUGUCAGCAUCGCGGACUAUUACGUUGACUACGUGGAUACGCCAACGCUUUCUGACUUUCCUGAGGUGACAGGUGUCCAUGUAUAUCUGCCGCACUUCGAAGAUGCAGUCCAUGUGCCGCGCUUCUUCCAUCGCCUUCUUCCUUGCAACGACAUCUCAUCACUUCGCGUGACUGUGGAUUUCUUGGACGACAUUGUUUACGCAUCACUGGCCAGUUACAUAAAAGGCGCGUCAGCGCUCAAGGAAAUCUGGCUGGACAUCGAUGUUGACAUCGUCGAUGACUGGGACGAUGAGCCUCUGGCUCAGUCUAUCUCCGACAUGUGCACGGCACUCUGUUCGAAUCUAAGCCUCACCAAGAUAACCUUGGAGUGGUCGGUAAAUUUACGUGACGAGGACUGUCAAGCGCUCGCUGGCACUGUCUUCGGCAACCGACGCCUUCACGAGCUCGCCCUCCUAAUCGCAGCAGAUGACAAAGCAGCCAUCCUGCGUCAUCUAUUGCCACGAUUUCACCAAAACUACAGCCUGCUUCGCCUAGAAAUUCCCUUCUGCUUGAAACCUUACCCCAACACCUUCGCAGUCCAGGACAUCGUUCGACGCAACUGCAGCCUCGUUGAGCGAGCGACCAGGUUCGUGUUGGGAGACCAGAAUCCCUACUGCGCAUGCGCCGUGGAACUCGUUUCGGAGCACCCGAAGCUCGUGGACAACGUUCGACGCAGGGCGGCACUGAGCAACGAGGCCGCAGCCGUGGCCUCGAUCCGAAAAGGCCUGCGGAGUCUACGCCUCGCCGACGUGCACGAGUUCAUGCGGUUGGUCGGCGUCGUGCAGAGACGAGUCGUGUGCCACGCACGAGAGGACGGCGUCACGCAGUUCGACAAACUGAACCACGAGUGCUGGCUGCACAUUCGCCGGUACCUGACUUUAGCGGAUGUGGUGAAACCCUGACGCACGCGUUCAUCUCCGUACCACGCAUAGUACUGGUGUAAUGUCAUUCCAUUAUCAUCUUCCUAGAGCGCCCUCCAGACUACCCCUACUCCGGGGAAAGCUUUUAGAAUCAUGAAAGUG